GAGAGCGGCGCCAUCAUGGCGGCCGGCGGGGCGACCACCGUCACCACAGCGGCGGCGGCGACGACGACGACGAUGGCGGACGGUUCUUCCCCCGGGUCGGGCCCGGUCCCGGCCCUGUUCCCCCCGGCCUUCUCCAUCUCCGAAAUCAAGAACAAGCAGCGGCGCCACUUCAUGUUCCUCCGCUGGAAGCAGCAGCAGCGCAAGGAGAAGCUGGCUGCCAAGAAGAAGCUAAAAAAGGAGAGAGAGGCACUCGGAGAUAAGGCGCCACCCAAACCAGUGCCCAAGACCAUCGACAACCAGCGAGUUUACGACGAAACCAUAGUGGACCCUAAUGACGAAGAGGUGACUUUUGAUGAGGCGACAGAUGAAUUUGCUUCAUAUUUCAACAGACAGACGUCUCCCAAGAUCCUCGUCACAACGUCGGACAGACCUCGUGGGAGAACCGUGAGAUUCUGUGAACAGCUGUCCACUGUCAUACCGAACUCGCACGUUUAUUACCGAAGAGGCCUGGCCCUGAAGAAAAUCAUCCCGCAGUGUGUCGCCAGAGAUUUCACCGAUCUGAUCGUCAUCAACGAAGAUCGCAAAGUACCGAAUGGCCUCGUAUUAAGUCAUCUGCCGAAUGGCCCCACCGCUCACUUCAGAAUGAGCAGCGUUCGCCUGCGAAAAGAAAUCAAGAGAAAGGGGAAGGCACCCACUGAACAUUUACCCGAAGUCAUUCUGAAUAAUUUCACCACGCGCCUGGGUCAUUCCAUCGGACGCAUGCUUGCUUCGCUCUUUCCGCACGACCCCCAGUUCGUCGGGAGACAAGUUGCCACGUUCCACAACCAGCGGGAUUACAUCUUUUUCCGAUUCCACAGGUACAUUUUUCAAAGUGAGAAGAAGGUGGGAAUUCAAGAGCUGGGCCCCCGUUUUACCUUAAAACUCCGGUCUCUUCAGAAAGGAACCUUUGACUCUAAAUACGGAGAGUACGAAUGGGUCCAUAAGCCACGUGAAAUGGAUACGAGUAGGAGGAAAUUCCAUUUAUAAAGCAAGCGAGGAAAUGGUACCUUGUUGAAUCGGUCACCUGGGCCUGGCUGCCCUGGAAGGUUUCUCCACCUAAAGUUAUUUUGGACGGCCUCUUCCGAGCCGGGACCACAGAUGUGUUUGCCAACAGCCCAGACACGACCGUUGCUUAUUCUUUGACCUUUUUAUAGCCUGCAGUUGGACAAGCUGCAGUGGAUUGUUUCAUCACAUCCUUCCUGCCAGAGGAACUAAAAUAAAGGGAGUAUGGAAAGUUAUUUUUAAUAACAGGUUUGUUGA